ACAGGCAGACAGCUCUUCCUCCUCCUCCUCCUCCGGUGCCGCAGAGAGGCUUGCGCCGCUCGGUCCGGUUGUCGUCAUGGGAACGGUGCUGUCUCUGUCUCCGGGCUCGCGGAAAGCUGCGGCUCGUGGGCCGGAGAAGCUUGCGGAGCUCACGGUGCAGAAGCCACUAGAAGCCCGCGAGGAGGAGGAGGAGAAGGACGGAAAGAAGAAGAAGAAGAAAAAACGACACCCAGUGCUGCUGCACGCGCUCAGCUGGAAGAAACGCCUCGUGGCCGCGCGAGCCAAGAGGAAGGGCGGGAAGAAGGUGAAGCCCACGGUGUCCGAUUCCGGGCACGAGCAGAGGGAGCAAGCGGUCACCGACAGCCGCCACAGAGCGCUGAAGGCCGGACAAAGACACGGGCCUAUCCCGGUACCCGUACCCACCGUCCCGGAACAUUCCCAGAACCAGAAGCACGGCAGGCCGGACCAGAUCAUCUCACCGCGGAGGGUGGUGGUGCAGGCAUCGACAGGUGAGCUCCUUCGUUGUCUUUCUGAUUUUCUGUGUCAUCGUUGUGUCAAACUGAAGGAGCUGUCAUCAAAUCAGAUCGUCCUCUGGUUCAGAAACGUCGACCGAGCGCUGUUGGUUCAGGGCUGGCAGGACCAGUGUUUCAUCAGUCCUGCCAGUCUGGUCUUUGUGUAUCUGCUGUGCAGAGAGGCAGUAGAUGAGGACACAUCGUCGGAGCCGGAGCUCCACGCCACCUUCCUCACCUGUCUCUACCUGGCCUACUCCUACUUGGGCAAUGAAAUCUCGUACCCCCUCAAACCUUUCCUGGUGGAGUCCAGCCGUGAUGCAUUCUGGGAGCGAGCACUGGAGCUGAUUGACCAUCUCAGCGCUGACAUGCUGCGAAUCAACACUGACCCACACUUCUUCACUGAAGUGUUUCAGGACCUGAAGAAUCAGGGGGGAGGGAGGGUGAGGGAGAAAGAAAAAGACAGGGAGAGAAACCGGGAGAGGGAAAAGCUGGAGAAAGAAAAGGAAAAAGUAAGGGAGAGUGAGGAGGAGGAAGACAAAGUGAAGGAGGAGAAGGAGACAGAGGAGGACAAAGAGAAUGAUGAAGGAAACAGGAUAGUUGACCUGGAUCGCUAAGAGAUGAAAAAAGAAAAGCGAGAGCGAGGAGACCACAGUAUUUCUUAUUGAGACUCGCCCAGCAGCCGUUGACCCGCUGAAGUCUGAAUGUAAACCGGCUGCACCUGCAGCUUUAAUGCCGUUACCAUGGUGACUGACAGCAAUCUUAGGAACAGUCGGAUGGAUUGUAACCUUUGACCUCCUGCUGAAGAGAGACUAAAACGGGGACACUAGCUCACUUUAACUGCAUGCAAUCAAUCAAAACCAACAGUAUCUUCUGAUUGUACCAUUGUGGAUGUAGAUGAUUUACCAUGGCAACCUUACAUACGAUUUCCAGCCUUAUUUUGUUUAAUCGCAUAGCUGAAGAAAGCUUAAUUUGUCAGUCAGUGCUGCAGGAAGGUAUUUAUUUAUUUAUCACACGGGGUGGAGGGUGUGUGUUUUUGUGUGUGUGUGUGUGUGUGUGUGUGUGUGUGCGUGUGCGCGUGCGC